GGGUACUUUGUCUUUGCGCGGGCUUCGCGAUGGCAGCCUUACAGCGCCCGGUCUCAGGCGGUGGCGCGCGGGUGAACUCGCCGCUACCGGCGCCAGCUCCGGACAGCUCCAAAAGCCGCAGAGGCACUACGCAGCCCAACCACGCUUGGCAUGACGUGCUGGAGCUUUGCAAGAAGGGCUUCGCCAACAAGAUGGAAUCCCUGGCGGACCACCUCAUCUCGGAGGUCCGCGCCGAGCUGCGGCAGGGCACGGCCCAGCUCUGUGGCGACUUCUUAGAGAAGCUGAGUCACCGCGAGCACGCCUUGGACGGCACGCUCAAGAUUCUCACUGAGAAGUUGGACACGCUUGAAGGCAAGGUGGCGGCACCUGGGCAUCCAAAGGACCCCGUCACCUCACUUUCCUCGCCUCGAGAAGGUCACGACAGGACGUGCAGCGAGCGAGGCGUGGCGGCGCUGCGCUCGAACGAUGACCUGCAGCCAGUUCUGGAGCGGCUCCAGCACUCUGAGACCAUGCAAAAGGCUGCCACCAAGCAGACAGAGCUCCAGCUGGAGCGGCUCACAGAGCUCGGGGAGCAGCUGUCACGGUCCAGCGGCAGUUUGCUGAACUCCCUGCGGUGCCUGGAGCAGCAGG